UCUUCUACUUGGUCACACUAAUUUUGAAAAACUGUUGACUAUCGCCGCAACUGCACUCAAAUUUUCACAAAAAUAAUUAUUUUGAAAUAAAAAUAGUGGUUUAAUUAUUAUUCAAGAUGGCUGAUCAAGAUUGGCAAAGUCAGAAGUUCCGGCAGAACGUCAUCUCCAAGAUCCACGAACUGUUGCCCCCAAAUGCUCAGGACCAGACUAAGAAUGCCAGCGUUAUGGAGAACCAUAUCUUUCGCAAAUCGCGUACCAAGGACGAGUACCUGGGACUGGUGGCCAAGUUGUUUAUGCAUUACAAGGACAUGUCCAGGAAGUCUCAGCAGCUGCAACAACAACAACAGCAGCAGCAGCAACAAGGCGGACCACCACCUAAUGCUGAAAUGGGCGGUGGCCAGAACAUGAUGCAGGAUCCACUGAACGCCUUGCAGAACUUGGCCAGCCAGGGUAACCGGAAUCCUCAAGUGAUGCCCAUGGGUGCUGGUGGUGCUCCGGUACCAGGUGGUCCCGGCACCGCCUCGAAUCUGCUGCAAUCCCUGAACCAACAGCGCCCGGGACAGCAGCAGAUGCAACCCAUGCCCAAUAUCCGUGGCCAGAUGCCCGUCGGUGGUGCCCAACAGAUGAUGCAACAGCAGAUGCAGGGCGGCAAUAAUCCCGGAGUGAUGAACGUAAUGGGUGCUGGCGGUGCCCCGAAUCAGGGCCAAAUCGUCGGCAAUGCUGGCCAACAGAUGGGCGGCAUGCCCAACCAGAUGGUGGGCCCGGGUCCGAACAGUGGUCCCGCCGUCGUCGGGGCAGGUGGUGCAAAUACUGCCCCAGGAGCAGCUGGUCCCGUGCCAAAUCAAAUGCAAAACAAUCCCAUCAACGUGAAUGCCAUGCAACCGAUGCCGCCCAUGCAACAGAUUCAGCAGAACCAGAUGGCAAUGGGCAUGAAUCCGAUGAUGCGCAUGGGCCAGGGCAAUGGAAUGGGCGGACCGCAGGGAAUGCCCGGUCAGGGUAUGCAGGGUAUGCCCCCCAACAUGCAACAGGGUCAGCACAACGUAGUCGGCGGCCCUGCGGGACAGCAGCAAGUGGGCGGAGCAGGUCUGCCGCCCAAUGCCGUGCAGCAAGGUGGCAUCAAUCCCAUGGGUGGCAUGGGCGUGAAUAUGCCUCCAAACCUACAGCAAAAGCCUAACAUGGCGAUGGGUCAGGGUGGUCAGAUGUUCCCCGGAAAUCGAGGAGGUAUCGGAGUCGGAGGUCAGCAGCCGGGCCAGCCGUUCAUGAGGUCCAGCCCCUCGCCGGCGGAUGCCCAACAACUGCAGCAACAGCAGCAGCAGGUCCAGCUCCAGCAAAUGCAGCAGCAGCAGCAACAGCAGCUGGGCGUUGGCAACCAAACGCCCACCCAACAGCCUCCCACACCCCAGAUGCCCACUCCCCAGAUGAUACCCAGUCCGGCCCUGGUGCCACAGUCCAGUCCGCAGAUGAUGCAAAUGCAGAAUCCUCAGAGGAACAUCCGCCAGCAGUCGCCGAGUGCCUCCAUCAACACACCCGGCCAGGUGACCGGGAACAGUCCCUUUAAUCCCCAGGAGGAGGCCAUGUACCGCGAAAAGUAUAAGCAACUGACCAAGUACAUUGAGCCACUGAAGCGGAUGCUGGCCAAGAUCAGCAACGAUGGCACAAAUGUGGAAAAAAUGACAAAAAUGAGCAAGCUGCUGGAGAUCCUCUGCAAUCCCACCCAGCGUGUCCCCCUGGAAACUCUUCUGAAAUGCGAAAAGGCUCUGGAGAGAAUGGAUUUGAUUUCGUAUUCGGGUCAACAGUUUGGGAAAUCUUCCAAUCCCCUACUGGAGGUCAUAAAUACAACACUCCAAAGCCCAGUGGCGAACCACACUCUGCAUCGCACUUUCCGGCCCACCUUGGAGCUGCUCUUCGGCACAGAUAUAGCAGCGCCAGUGCCUGCCAAGCGACCACGGAUCGAGGAGAAGUCCUCCCCUUUCGAACAGGAUGUGCCACAUGUGCUUCAGGGCGAGAUCGCCCGGCUGGAUACCAAGUUUAAGAUUAAACUGGACACCACUUCGCAGGUGAACAACAAGGCGAUUCGUUUGAUUUGCUGCUUGGACGACAAGCGACUGCCGAGUGUCCCGCCCGUUAGUGUCAGUGUGCCGGAGGAGUAUCCGUGGCAGGCGCCGGACUGUUCCCUCACGGAGCAAGAGUACUCGGCUACUCCUUUCCUCCAAACUGUACAGCAGGCACUCACCGCACGCAUGUCCAAGCUGCCGAAGAACUACUCCCUAUCGCACCUGCUGGACACCUGGGAGAUGGCUGUGCGGCAGGCGUGCUCGCCCCACUCGAAGCCAAGGGAUGUCUGCGAACUGACGACCUUAAUGGGCAUGUAGUUGCCAGAGAUACUCUUAUAUUCUUAUCCUCUAUCCAAAAGAGAGGGUGCAAGUUAUCCUUAAGAUAUGAAUCUUAUAUCCUUUAAUUUAAAAUAAAUGCAAGCAAAGAUCCUCCAAUUAAAAA